AUGAGUGAGGCAUAAUCCUCUAAAAUAAAAACAAUAAAGACUCUUAAAACAAAAGAAAUUUCAGCAAACAAGGAGGAGAAAAAAGAAAAAUCACCAUCUCCAAAUAGAGAGAGUUAAAAUUUAGAUAAUUAUGAUGAAGAUGAUGAAGAAUAUGUGGAUGCUUCUUAAUUAGCAGAAAAAAAGGUAUUAAAAAGAAGGAUAAAACCUUAAGCAGACCGUCUGUACCCAAAAGAAUAGAAUGCAUAUGAUUACUAAAGCAGCGCUGGAGAAUACUAUCAUGUAAAUAUGGAAGUAGCAAUAAAUUAUGUCCUAAUGAAAGGAAAAAACUUAAAAGAUAAAAUAGAAGAAUAGAACAUAUCUCCUUAAUUUAUUUAAGAUAACAUAGUUUAAAAUAAACAUUUCAACAUAAGCUAUAAUUCAUUUUUACAAAAACUCAUCAAUAAAAAAGUUCUUCAUCCUGAAUUUAAAAACGUUAAGCCCAAAACUUUAGAAAAAUUAGAGCAGUUUUUUAUAGAAAGGAUAGAAAGGUGUCUUGAAAGUCUUAGAAUUCACAACGCAUACCAUGAAAAAGCAAGAGAAAUAUAAAAUGAAUUCGAUAAAAGAAUAGAAGAGCUAUAAAAUAAAAUUAAGCAAAAAAAUAAGAUAAAUAUUGAUUGA